GGGAAAAGGAUCCCGAUCAAGUGGAGGCACUACCUGGAGUGCGCAAAAGAAUGCAAACCCAUCUGGGCGGAGCGUGAAGACACGCGCAGAGGCUACAUGUCUUGAAUUCACAGUUGUUUGCUCCUGCUGAAAUUUAGCCAUCACCUCCAAUCCCAUCACACAAGGAGUCCUUGUAGUCAGGGCGCUGAAGUCAAUGCCACGCACAUAUAUGUAUAUAUAUAUAUAUAUAUAUAUAUAUAUAUAUAUAUAUAUAUAUAUAUAUAUAUAUAUAAAACUAUCCUGAGCUUUGCGCAUUGAGAUUCCAAAGGAAAACUUGGCACUGAUGCUGUUGCCCAAAAGUUCCAAAUACAACCAAUACCCUUGCAAUCUUUUUAUAAUCCCAAAACACAGACUUGGCCAUUUUCUCCCAGGCCAUGGCCAAUCAAUCCCAAAAAAGAGCAUACAAAACAUUUUGAUUUGAGUGAAAAUAGCCAACCCUGAGGUAGAAAACAGAAAGUCUAGAGAGAGAGGUACUAGAUAUAUCCAUCCUCUUUCUUUUUUCGUGUCUUGACUCUUUAAGUACAACAACACCAACACCAACUCAUUGCAAGGAAAGGAAACCAGCCCUUUUACCUCCCCCUCCCCCUCCUCCUCUCUCUUCAAACCUUCUCUCUCUCUCUCUCUCUCUCUCUCUAAAGGUGUUGUGGUGGUGGAAGAGGAAAUCAAUAAGAGAGCUAAGGGAGGGAGGUGGGUAGCUAGCUAAGCUUGGUUGUUAGGAGAACAAUUCUCGAUGGAAACCUCAGCAAGAUUUCAAGAAACCAGAAACCCAUCUCCAAUAAACUCGCCUCAUGGCAAUGGAAGCAACAAUGGGGUCCAAGUUCACACCUCAACAGUCACUCCAAUACCCAUCUCCAGAUCUGACACUAACCCUUACCCAACAACCUUUGUCCAAGCAGACACUUCUACUUUCAAACAAGUUGUCCAGAUGCUCACUGGCUCAACAGAGACAGCAAAACAGGCUUCCUCGAAGACAACCCAAGAUCCACCAACAACACCGACUCAAACUUCAAGAAACUACGCCAUCCCUCCUAUCAAGAACAUGCCGGCCAAGAGACAACAAAACAGCUUCAAACUUUAUGAAAGAAGAAACAACAGCUUCAAAAACAGUCUCAUGAUCAACACUCUAUUGCCUAGUUUUGCAAACAGUAGUAACGCUUCCCCAGUUACCGGGUUUUCGCCAAGAAACAAACCAGAGAUCUUGUCUCCAAGCUUGCUUGACUUCCCUAAACUUACACUUAGCCCUGUAACCCCAUUAAAUGAAGAUCCUUUUAACAAGUGCUCACCUUCUUUAGGGAAUUCAUCAUCAGAAGAGGAGAGAGCAAUAGCAGAGAAAGGUUUUUAUUUGCAUCCGUCGCCUAUCUCUACCCCUAGAGAUUCAGAGCCCCAGUUGCUGUCGCUUUUUCCUGUAACCUCACCGAAAGUCUCAGGCUCUUCUUCAUGAAAAUAUUCAAGUCAAAAGGAUUGAUGAUGGGCUAUGGAUGGUUUUGAGGGAGAGGACACAGUGAUUUCUGCCCUGGAUCCUUUGGCCAACUACUACUUGGUAUAAGAUUUUCUUGCAGUCUGAGUGCUCAGAUUCUUGAUCAGUACCCCCACCUAGAGAACUGAGAGAUAAUGAAUUCGAGGCAUCCUUAGAUAUUUUGGGUAUCUAGCACAAUUUGUAAAGUGCGUGUAAGGGAACAAGACAAGUUUAAUGAACUAUCUCAGUUUGCUUCUUUCAAGAAGGAAGUGAAGUCAUUGUCCUUAGCUAGAACUUUCAAUUGCUAUGCAAAUAUGGUAUCAUGCAAUGUUAUUGUUUCGUUUCUUACUCUUUUUUAAA